AUGCGUGCUGUUGUGUUCAAAGGGCCAGGAAAGGUAGUGGUUGAAGAUCGGCCAAUUCCAAAGAUCCAGGAGGAGUCGGAUAUAGUUGUCAAGGUGGGGAAGACAGCACUAUGCGGAAGCGAGCUUCAUGUCUUCCGCGGACACCAGCCAAGUUCCACUGGAUUUAUUAUGGGACACGAGUUUACUGGAACAGUGGAGGAUGUUGGUAGUAAUGUGAAAACUGUGAAGAAAGGUGACCACGUUGUCUCGCCUUUCACUGCUUCAUGUGGCGAAUGCUUCUACUGCAAGAACGGUUUCUCAUCACGAUGCACAAAGUCUUUACUGUUCGGGAGUGCAGGCCUGGAUGGAGCACAGGCUGAAUACGUACGAGUACCAUUGGCCGAUGCCACAGUCAUGAAAGCAACCAGCGACAUCUCGGAUGAUGCGUUGGUCCUCAUGGCCGACAUAUUCCCAACUGGAUACUUCGCUGCGCACAACGCUUUCAAAGAGCUGAGUAAAUCGCAGAUUGCCGAGUCAACUGUUAUUGUGAUUGGCUGUGGCCCUGUAGGUCUCUGUGCCCUGAUUAAUGCAGAGGACUACAAACCGAAGCACUUGCUUGCAGUUGAUUCGAUCGAGUCGCGCCUGGGUCUCGCAAAGUCGCUAGGCGCGGAGCCGUGGAAUUUCCAGAAAGACCGUGAAGGCCUCGACAAGCGGGUCAAGGAGCUCACCGAUGGUCGUGGCGCCGACGUGGUCAUUGAGGUCGUUGGGCUCAGCCCAGCUCUGAGGAUGGGGUUUGAGCUACUCAGGCCAUGGGGUAUCAUCAGUAGCGUCGGUGUGCACAACGGCGAGAUACCUUGGACCGGCACCGAAGCGUAUGGCAAGAACAUACGGGUCCAAAUGGGCAGAUGUCCCGUGCGGUCGAUAUUUCCCCAAGCUUUGGACAAGCUCAAACAGAAGCAGCACCUGCUCGGAUUCAUGGCGGACAAGAUCAUGCCGCUGUCGGAGGCAGUGGAAGGCUAUGAUCUUUUCGACAAGAUGAAGACGCAGAAGGUUGUGUUUGAUGCGACAAAGUAG